ACCAGACUGUCAGUGAAGUUCACAGCACGUCAGCUUCAACAUGUUUCCUGUAGCUCUGCUGCUGCUGUUGGCAGCUGGAUCCUGUGUGAAGUGUGAAACAUUGACACAGCCAGCCUCUGUGACUGUGCAGCCAGGUCAACGUCUGACCAUCACCUGUCAGGUCUCUUAUUCUCUUGGCAGCUAUGGGACAAAUUGGAUCAGACAACCUGCAGGAAAAGGACUGGAGUGGAUUGGGAUGAAAUAUACUGGAGGCUCAUACUACAAAGAUUCUCUGAAGAACAAGUUCAGUAUCGACUUAGAUUCUUCCAGCAACACAGUGACUCUAAAUGGACAGAAUGUGCAGCCUGAAGACUCUGCUGUGUAUUACUGUGCCAGAGACUCACAGUGUGACAACUGGGGUGCUUUAAACUACUGGGGAAAAGGUACCAUGGUCACAGUGUCGUCAGCAUUUCCAUCUCCACCGGCGGUGUUUCCUCUGAGGCCCUGCACCUCCGGGACCGGAGACACGGUCACUAUUGGCUGCCUUGCCACAGAAUACUCGCCCGCUGCACUGACUUUCUCUUGGACCAAAGGCACGCAGGCAUUGCAGGACUUUGUUCAGUACCCCGCAGUGCAGAAAGGCGACGGCAAAUACACUGGAGUUAGUCAGAUCCAAGUGAGUCGGCAGGACUGGGAAAAUCGCGUGGCAUUCAAAUGUCUCGCGACGCAUGCUGGCGGGAACACAGAAGUUACACUUGUUGGUUCAUCAUGUCGAGGGCAUCCUAAGUUGCCAGAUCUUACAGUGUCCUCCUUUGAGGAUGACGAUAAGGCUACCUUCUCCUGCUUUGCCAAAGAUUUUUCACCUCAACAAUAUGAGUUCACAUGGCUGAAAAAUAAUGCUCCGGUCACCACUAAAGAUGACGAGAUCAUAGCAGUUUCUGAAGGAAAACUGGUCCCGGAUGGAAAGCUGUACAGUGCAGCAAGUUUCCUGACUGUGCCAGCCACUGAGGCGGAUGAUGCAACCUUCACCUGUGUGUUCAAGGGGGUAGGGGAGUACAACACUCCUGUAGUAAUUAAAAGAAAUUCUGCAGUCAUCACAGAAAUGUGUGGGGGCGGUGGUGGAGCAUGUCCUCAGGUCGAUGCGGAUAUAAAGAUCAUAGGCCCAACAGUCGAGGACAUGCUAUUAAAGAAACAAGGAACUCUUACAUGUGAAGCGAAUGUAAAGCAAGGAACAUUUGAGGAAAUGAUGUGGGAGAAGAGUGGAACUGAAGUAGUUGGCUCCGCACUUAAAAUCAAGAAUGGAAAGAAGGGCCUAUUCGCCAGUACAGCUACAAUCACUUAUGAUGAAUGGGUGUCAGGGACCGAAUUCGUCUGCUCUGUUAAACUCUUGGACUGGGUGACACCAGAGAAGAGACGUUAUGAAAGGGCUGUGAACGGAGGACUGGUUGAGCGUCCUUCAGUGUUUAUGCUGCCUCCCAUAAAACACACUAGAAAAGAUCAGGUGACCCUGACUUGCUAUGUGAAAGACUUCUACCCUAAGGAGGUUUUCGUGUCUUGGCUUGUCGAUGACGAGGAUGCAGGCUCCAAAUUUGAUUUCAAUACCACCGAGCCUAUCAAGACGGGCCACGGGCUGUACUCUGCCUAUGGCCAGUUAACCAUCGGGAUCGAUGAGUGGGAGCAGACUGAUGUGGUGUACAGCUGCGCUGUCUACCACCAGUCUGUGGCCAACACAACUAAGGCCAUCAUCAGGUCCAUUGGAUACAGAACAUUCCAAAACACCAACAUAGUCAACCUCGACCUGAACGUCCCUGAAACGUGCAAGGCCCAGUAGAUGUCCCUGUGUGUCGCUGCGUCUUCUGUCACUUGUUGUUUAAUGUGUGUUGCUCGUGAUAUGACAUUGUGUUUGUGUGAGUUUAAUGCAGAUUCAAAAU